GAGACAGAGGCCCCGGGUCUAAAACGGGGGGCGGGGCCCCCGGGAGGCCAGUGCGCGGCUGCCUAGCUCGACUAGUGCUUCGCUCCGCCCCCUGGGAGAGCCGAGCCACCAUGGAGGAGUACCAACGCCACAGCGACGAGGUUGGCUUUAAUGCUGAAGAAGCCCACAAUAUCGUCAAAGAGUGUGUUGAUGGGGUCUUAGGCGGUGAAGACUACAAUCAGAACAAUAUCAACCAAUGGACCGCAAGUAUCGUGGAGCAAUGCCUAGCGCAUUUGGUUAAGUUGGGAAAAGCAUAUAAGUACAUUGUGACUUGUGCGGUGGUGCAGAAGAGUGCAUAUGGCUUUCACACAGCCAGCUCCUGUUUCUGGGAUACUACGUCUGAUGGAACCUGCACUGUAAGAUGGGAGAACCGAACCAUGAACUGCAUCGUUAAUGUUUUUGCAAUUGCAAUUGUCCUGUAAUCAACUAAACAGGUUGGGCUAAUGCCAUUAACUUAAGCGUUUUGAGUGUAUCCUUUCUAAAAGAGUAAUGGUUACUUAUUCAUGUGCUAGGUGACAAGUGUGCAAUAUGCUUCAAAGCUAUCAAUAAAACACUGAGUAUUAUAAGCAAAACUCUAAUAAAUGGUAUGUUGGCAGAUUAUAUCAUAUUCUAUACAGCAUCCUUUAAGUAGGUAAAUUAAAUGUUAGCCAAAAAUAAAUGCAGAAAUAUGUUCUGACAUAAAAAUACAAGUCAUUCACUUACAUUAUCAUGUUCCUGAGAUGGGGAUAUCUAUUCAGAUAGUAAAAUUAUCUUUAAACUAGAAAACUUAACAGAGAUAAAUAUGUGAACAAAAAAGCUACAAGGAGAAAUGCAGAGAAAAUUAUAUGAGUUAGAUAAUUACGUUUUGGUUUAUUUUAAUUUCUUCCCUUCGUUGAAUUAUAUAUAUGCAAUUAUAUGUGUGUGUAUAUAUAUAUAUAUAUAUUUAAUGGAAAGUAAUUUUGCUUUUCCCCUUCAAUCAACUAGUGCUAUAAUAGCACUUAUGAUUAACUUGUUGAGUUUUUCUGAGAACUGGCGAAUCCAUUUUUUAAAAUUUCAAUCUGUUCAUUUAUACUUGAGGUGGAAUUAAAUCCGAUAACCCAGAUUUUCUAAUUAAGCAAAAUUAGUUACAGUAUGCUAUGAGCAGUAUAUGACUCAGACAGCUGCCUUACAAUCCACUUAUUCCAUGAGGAACAGACAUUUAUUGAAUGUGUGCUAUGAACAUAUUUCUCUGCUAGGCAUUACAGCUCUCAGUAUGCUGUUCAUGUGCUCAGUUCCUUCUAGCAGGAGUUCAGUUGGAAAACUAGUAUUUGUGUUUGAAGAAGGGAAAAAGAAAAGGAUUCGAUCUACAAGAAAGGAAAAGAGCCUGGUUCACCAUGUAGAACUAUAUAAAUUGAAAAGCACUUAUUGGUGACAGAAUUCUAGAUGCAAUUUUAAGAGUUGCUUCUAACAUUAAAAAUACAUGAAAUAUGCAACUCUUAGAUAAAGGCCUUACUGGUAGUCUUAGCUGUACAAGUAGUAUAUUUUAUUAUUGCUUUAGUUAUAAGCAUCUGUAAGUAAUUUAAAAUACUUCUUAUGUGGGGCUGAACUAAGUGUAGUAAAGUAUAAAUUAAAAGUGAACAAUCAUUAGCAGGUUAUCUAAUAUCUCAGGGCUUAUGAAAUAUAGUUAAAUUUAUUAAGAAAAUCAAAGAUAAAAAUUAGGGUACAAAGCUGGCCACCAAAUGUGAAGUCAAUCUUCUACUUAACAUUGAAAACAAAAUUAAUUUUGCAGAUUACCACUGACACUAAUCCAUGUAAGGACUGGAAUCAUGAUUCAUUUAAUGUUUAGAGAAAAAGAAAAGCUUUGGAUUAAUAUUAACAAUAUUGAGGUGGGAUUCUUAUAUGGGUAUUAUGUACAGAACUGAUAUUUUGCUGAGUAACUGUACUUGUUCAGUGUUUAGGAGGAAGAUGACAGGAAUGCAAAGAUAGAGUUUAAGGCAGUGAUCUGUAUUUUUUGGCACAUCAGAAAUGCUUUGUCAUAAACCUUGGUGUUACUUUAUAUUGCUGGCUCUUCUGCCCCUGGGUAUUAUAAUAUUGACCAAACUAUCUGUUCAAGUAAGGAUUAUAUUUGAUUAUCGUUGUUGAGGCCUCAUUUAAAAAUAAUCAAAUCAUACCUCGUAAGCUUGCUACCUGCUCUGUUUCUAGUUCAAAUAUAAUAAAGAUUACCUUUCUGUGCUGAA